CAUUUAUAAGGUGUUGUAAAUUAUGAGCAGGGUGACAGCUACUGUAGAACUUCGGAUCCUGCUGCGUUUCUCGGAACUCAUUCGAGAGUACACAGUACACAGAAGUCGUGUGUAUCUCGCAAACCGGCUGUAACUUCUUUCAUGAAUAUUCAGUGGCUUAAAAGGUUGACCUGGGAGAUUGCAAUUGAAUUAGCUUCACGUGCAACAUAUAGAGAAUCAGCUUCAAUAUUUACAGCGUUUUCAGCAACAUUCGUCCCUCAUGGCCAUGUCAAAGUCUAACUUAGCAAUAGGACUUUCAGUUUUCGGACUUUUAGCGGUUGUUUUCGGGACUGUUCUCGUGUUUGUGGGACCAGUUGUUAUCCACGAUCAAAUAAUAAAGAAUGUAGAAAUCAACCCCCAAAAUAAUCUCUCCUACACUAUGUGGAAAGACAUUCCUGUACCAUUCUUCAUGUCCGUAUAUUUUUUCAAUGUCCUCAACCCUAACGAGAUAUUGACAGGAGAGAAGCCCACAGUUGAGCAAAGAGGUCCAUAUGUGUACAGUGAGAAGCGUUGGAAAGACAAUAUCACUUUCCAUGACAACAAAACUGUGUCUUAUCGUGAAUAUCGGCAGUAUUUCUUUGAGGAGAGCAUGUCUGUAGGCAAUGAAUCCGAUAUAGUCACCAUCCCAAACAUGCUGGUGCUGGGAGCAGCAGUGAUGCUGGAGAACUUGCCCCUUCCAUUGCGGAAAAUGAUAAGUUUCACCUUCCAAAGUUUUAAGGAGGGUGCCUUUGUGACAAAAACUGUAGGCGAGCUUAUGUGGGGCUACGAAAGCAAGUUGCUGGACUUUCUUAACACCUUACUCCCUGGUAUUAUGCCAUUUAAAGGGAAGUUUGGACUAUUUGUUGAGUUUAACAACUCCAACACUGGGUUGUUUACUGUCUUCACGGGUCAGGAUGACAUCAGGAUAGUUCACAAAGUGGAUUCCUGGAAUGGUUUGAAGAAAGUAAACUACUGGAAAUCAGAGCAGUGUAACAUGAUCAAUGGUACAGCAGGGCAAAUGUGGCCACCAUUCAUGACUACAGAAUCCACUCUGCCAUUUUACAGUCCAGAUGCCUGCAGGUCAAUGGAGCUGGUGUAUAAGAGACCAGGAACUUCGCAAGGAAUCUCUGUGUAUCAUUUUGUGGCUCCAAAAACACUCUUUGCCAAUGGCUCGGAUUAUCUUCCAAAUGAAGGCUUCUGUCCAUGCAGACAGUCAGGUCUUCUUGAUGUUAGCACUUGCAGGCACAACUCCCCUGUGUUCAUUUCCCAUCCACAUUUCUACAAUGGUGAUCCUGCCCUUUUGCAGACUGUCAAUGGACUUAGCCCCAGUGAGCAUGACCAUGGGCUCUUCAUUGAUAUACAUCCAGACACUGGAAUACCUAUGAAUGUGUCUAUCAAGCUGCAGCUUAACUUGUUAAUGAAGCAGGUAUCAGGAAUAACACAAACUGGUAAAAUAACUGAAGUAGUGAUGCCCUUGCUUUGGUUUGCUGAGAGUGGAUACAUUGAUGGACCUGUGCUCAGCAUGUUCCGUAUGAACCUUGUAAUUUUACCUAUGGUGAUGGAGUAUAUGCAGUAUACUUUCAUUGGACUUGGACUGGGGUGUAUCAUAGGAGCAAUGGCUCUGCAACUUAGUAAGAAGAUAGACAAAAAGCAAGGAACAUUUGGAGUCACAGAAGACAAGGAGGGAACCAAUAAACACACAAAUCAUGACCCAACUCACAACGAAAAGUAUAUCGUAAAAGAGACAGAUCAAAAUGAGGAUUUUUCAGGCCUGUGCAGAUGUGAACCCAAGAUAUUUGGACAAUGAAAAAACUCCAUUGGUACAGAACAUCAAGUAUUACAGUGCUUCCUCUGCUUUCAAAGCACUGACAUUCUUUAAAUCCUAAUUCUAAGAAUCACUUGAAACUGAUGGUAGUGUUUAUAUUUGGGUGACCUGGUAAAUGAACAACUUAACCUUGGACUAAUAAUAAUUCUAAUUUGUUUCUAACUUUUUGUGUUUCUUAAAUUUCCAUGGUAUUCUAAGUCUGGUGUUUGGAUGUAUAAGAGCUGUUUAUUUGGUAGAAGGCAGUCUUCUUUAUUCUGGGAUUAUCUCUCUGUGAGAUUUAAACUGGGUAGAAUGCAGCUAUGCCAUUUUGUCAGUUUGGUUAUCCAGGUCUGACAUUUUUGCAGUUUUAAAAAAAUACAUUUUAUAGAUUCUUCUAACACUUCAAAAGCUAUGUAUCGCUUAACAUUUCAGUUUGAAGUGGAUUUACAAAGCUCUGUUCAUAUUUACUAAAUGCACAAAUGAGUUUCCUAUAUUAAAAGAUGUUUAUUAAAAUGUUUCUCAAACAGUAAGGAACUAGAAAUCUUAUUUGCCACAAAAACUACAAUGUCUGUUGUUAAUUAUCUUGAAAUAUUUUGUGCUUCUUAUAUUUUGUGGUUACUAUAAAUUUACAAAUUUCAAACCCAUGUUGGAUUUUUUCUGAUUUCGAUGUGUCAUAUGUAAAUUGGACAAGAAUUUUUAAGGGAUUAGUUAUGGUCAGGAUUAUCACAAAUGAUCAUCUAUCUCAGGACAGUUAAAUACAAUACCAUCUCAAAAUUGCAAUUUAGUUCAACAUACUUUAAAGCCUAAUAGGCAUCUGAAUGUGGCAUAGCCUAUAUAUAGUUUUUGCAGUUAUCACUGUAUUUGAAGUCAUUUAAUAGCCACAGAUGGGUAACAGGAAAGACAUGUGACUGGUACUUAGAGAAGGUUCACUGUAAAUCAAUUUAAAGUUCUGACUAACCUCCUAAUUAUCUUAUGAUGAAACAUUUCUCUGCUGAUGGAAGUGGUCUGUUCCUGGAUGACAAUGUCUCUAUGCAUAGGACACGAUUUAUACUGAUGAUGUAAAUCAUAUGCUAUGGUACUCACAGUCACCAGAUCUCAACUCAACUGAACACAUGCGCAUGAUUUUGGAGCAUGAAUGUGUUACACAGUGCUUGUGCAGGGAAAACCACCCUCUGGUCCAACAGUGGUAUCUAACGGUGUGGCAGAAGGCUUCUUACGUGUUGCUGUCUUUCCUUUGUAAUAUAUUAACAUUUGAAUUAAUAAUAUGUCAACAUUAAACAUGAUCCUCUUUUUACUUUAA